GAGGAGGAGGAGGAGGGAGGAAGGAGGCGUUCUCACACCGCUCCCAGCCUGUCUCCGCAGGCACCGGCCACAUACAGAACCAUGUCGAACCGAAAGCACCGGGACAACCAGGAGAUCUGCUCCCGCAAGGUCCGGGAGCUGGCCCAGUCUGGGGUAAACAAGCACUGCUUCGAGUGCAACCAGCCCGGGGUGACAUACACCGACAUCACGGUGGGCAGCUUCGUCUGCACGUCGUGCUCCGGAAUGCUGAGAGGCCUCAACCCUCCCCACAGAGUCAAGUCCAUCUCCAUGACAACGUUCUCCCAACAGGAAGUGGAAUUCCUCCAGAACCACGGCAACGAGGUCGGUCGAAGAACCUGGCUGUGCGUGUUUGACCCGAAGGCCGACGGCUGCCCCGACUUGAAGGAUCCUCAGAAGUUCAAAGAGUUUCUUCAGGACAAAUACGAGAAGAAAAAAUGGCAUUUUUCCAAAAGCAAGAACCGGAGGGACAUGGAGGGUCCCUGGAGUCCCAACGUCCAGGCCGUGCCCUCCUCCCACGGUCCAUUAUCGAGCCAGGGCCCCUCCCAUAAUUUGCCCCCUAAUGCCAGAUCUGCAAGGCCGCUGUCUCAGUCCCAGCUGCCGUCAUGGGACCGAGCUCCCACCAUCUCGCCCGCCGACAUCCGGACCGACGCCUUCACGGCCAGACCUUCGCGCUCACAGAGCUUUCGAGAUCCCCCUCUGAAAGAUUCCACACUGUGUGGCAUAGAGAGACAGCGACCCGGCUCCCUGUCGUCAGCGCUGGGGGGUCAGAGCCACGGCCCCUCAUUCCCCGCCCUACCACGACCCUCAGCCAGUAGCUCGUUCAAAAACCACUUCACUUUAGGUCGUACGGUGUCAGUCUCAGGGGUUACAGGGCCCUUCAGAGCCUUCCCAAAGUCUCUAAGUGUGGACUUUGGAGGUCUGAGCCAUCCUCAGCAGCAGUCCCUUCCCCAGUCUUUGUCCCAGCCACAGCAGCAGCAGCAGCAGCCAGUCAGCGUCAGCCAGACGACACCGCCGGUCAGCACCUCCAGCAACCAGGACAAGUACGCUGCCCUGUCGCAGCUCGACUGUGUCUUUUCGGAAACAUCUCUGGCUGCAGCUCCAGCUAGUGGUCCCCCACAGUACAGCUCUAUCUUUGGCAGCAGGCUCUCGUCCAGCUCCACUCCUGCCAGCUCCCCUGGAGUCGAUGCCGUUUCCAGCUCCCAAUCUUUUGGAAAUUUCCCCAACCCAUUCAGCUCCAUCGCCGGGUCGGCUUCCCAGCAGCCUGUUGCCCUCUCCCCCAGUAACCCUUUCAGCAGCGCCUCAGGAGGUGACUCGGGUGCGUUUGUCACUUCGCCCACCUCCGUUUUCCCUCCGUCCGCUUCCUUCCCGGCUCCCGCCACCCAGAAUGCAUUUCACCACGAGUCGGCCACCAAUCAAGAAACCAAUGGUUUCGCCUCAUUCCCCGAGCCUGACUCUCAGCCCAAAGUCCCCCGGCCCCUGUCUGUGAACCCUUUCACGGGGAAUGUCUACCCCAGUCGGGGGACGUCGAAAAAUCCUUUCAUCUGAUCCCCCCCGCACGCCCUCCGUUUCUUCUCCACCUCCUCCUCCUCCUCCAGUGCCUCUCCUCACUUCUCUGGGAACUGAGGGAGGCGUGAACCUGAGGAGCUGCUGCCAUUUCAAAGCCUCUGGAGUAUUUUUCACCCGGUCAGGGAGGGUCGGACCCUCCUCCAUCCCUCCCUGCCUCCCCCCCCCCCCCCCCCCCCGUGUCUGUGUUUACGUGUUUGUGGAGGACAGAAAAAGAACAGAAAAAGGUGCGAAUGAAAUAAUGAAUCCAUGUGUGUGUGUCAUAGGGUGUGUGUUUUUUUUUUUCUGUGACAUUAGACGCAACCUCAGGGCUCUGUGGGAGUCACGAGAGAACAAUGCCUCUUUAAUUUUACCCACAAACUAUAUCACGCGCAUACAUGUUGCUGCUGCUGCUACUGUGCUUUCAUCUCCUGCUUAUAAGUGCAAAAAAAAAAAGAAAGAAAGAAAGAAAGAAAAGAAAUGCACCACCCCCAGCAAAAACAGCCCACCGGUAAGGACGUCCUCUGCUUUAAAACUUCUGAAUCUCACCUGGAGAGACGGAGACUUUGACUUGUCGUCGCGAGUCCCUGCAAAUAAUUUUUUAACAGCCUUAACGACCUCCUGAUGCAUGUGAAUUAGCGUCUCAACCCAAGACGAGUGUGUGUGUGUGUGUGUGUGUGUGUGUGUGUGUGUCACUUUUUUUUUUUUUUAAAUAAUCUUUGGUCAAAAUUAUCGAUCAGUGAUGAUCAGUGUUUUUCACUCUCAGGCUGCAUGCGCUUAUAGGGCUAAAAGGAGAUGCUACUGAAUGUAAAAAAGCGAAUUUCAAAGAAAAAAAAAAACAGAACAAAAUUUCAACAUGAGAUAUGUAUAAAAACCUUCACAGCUUCAUAUACCGGACCAAAAUGCUUUUAAUUUUUUUUUUCUUCUUCUUCUUUUAAUUGAAGUAAAGGUAAUCUCUUUUAUUUUUUGCCAAAAAGAACAAAAAAGUAGAGUUUCAUGUAUUAACGUCUUUGUAAUGACAUGUAUUCAUGUUCAUAAAAUCAACUUCUUAAUAUA